UUUCACUUGGCUUUGCAGCCAAGUCCACACCAGCCUGGCAACUCACUUCCGUGGUCAGAUUGUGGUCGAGUUUGAGAAGGAAUUCCGGUACUUGUAUGCAGAGUCCAGAGCAGUGACCAGCUUCUGUGUGCCAGAUCCUGGAACGUGCCCCUCUUCUCAGAACACCUCCAAAGAUGCCAACUCCCUUUUAAAGCCCCCACAGGUGAAUGAUGCUGAAACCUCGAGCCCCUCCAGCAGCCUUUCCAAUGUAAGCAUCAGGAGCAUAAAGGUGUCUCCCUUUCUGAAAAACUCCAGUGGCAACGUACAGCAGGAAAAGCACGAUUCAGGCUCUGACUCUGGUAAUAAGAAGGGGAAGGAAGACACAUCUCUGAAGCCCGCUUGCCCUAAGCAGCAAGGAGAGCCACCAGACUCGCCAAACAGCCCUCCAAAUAAAUCCACUGCAGCCUUGUAUCACAAACCAAAUGUGGCAGCGAGGAUAUUCUUGCAGCCAGAGCCUUCCCCUGCCCUGAGUUCCAAUAAAAGGAGUUAUCAAGGGGACGGUAAGGCUAACAGCAGCCACUGCUCCCCACCAAGACCUGAGCAGACGUUGCAGUCCCUUUCAGAGGGUGCCAGCAGCAACGGGACAAGCAUGAAGCAGAAAGGGCCUGCUGCUACCUCCAAGGAAGCGCCAGCAGAAAACGACAACGUUUUUUAUGGGCUGGAAAAAAGAGAGAGUCCCGGACAAGGAAAAUUGGACCUGCUCUCCCCAUACGACCACCUAAAACGAGAUAAAAAGCCUGUAGUCCCUUGCUAUGAUAAACUCACGGAGGACAUGCUGAUGGAAAAGAACAGCGCGUACGGGGCUGAGAAAAGAAUGACUCUGGGGCACAGUAAGCUGGAUCUGAUCACCAAGUACAACAAGUUAAAAUCUAAACACAUACACAGUCGGUUCGAACUCUGA